AUGAAGUAUUUGGUUGAAGAGUUAGGCUGUUUCGAAUGGAUGAUGAGACCUCCAAAGGUCAAUCGUGUCCCGCGCAUCUCGACAUCGCUAAAAUCACCGGUAUCGGAUAAAAAGCAGUGUUUUGUGAUGAAUGGGUGUAUCCAGUCUCAUGAAAGUUCUUCUCCUGGGCCGUCUAAACUGAAUGACAAUUCUAUGGCUUCACUUCGAAACGGUCGUAUUCGUGGUAUACAUUCUGGAGAUAGUUCUAGUGAAGUUGACACCAAUGAGGAUAUUACAGAGUCAGCAAAUAAUGCUCGAAAGCGUCGCUGUCAGUCAUCUUUAAGUGCUGGUGGUCAACCUGUGUUUAAAAAGCCUUGUAUUGAAGGGGAGACGGUAUCUGGAGAGAGAUCUAACCAAUAUGGAACUCUUAGUAGCCCAUCUAUGAUUGCUUUAGCAUAUAUAGUCACUUCGAAGGAACGGCAGUUUAAAUGGGCCAUUCGACUCUAUCGAUAUCUGAACACAAAAAAUUCCGCUUUUGACUCGUCAUCUAGAAGCCGAUUGUUUUUGAAACGGAACCUUGUUUAUAUGAGACCAAAGGCUUGUGAACCAGAUUAUAAAACCGGAGUUGCCACUCUUGGACCUACUUGCAGAAGAAAACGGUUUCCUGUAAGAACUUUCCAGCAUAAGUUUGACAAUCUUUUAUCUGUAGUUGAUCGUAUCUAUCGGGAGAGAAAGAAGAAGUGUUUUUUUGGGAGCCCGUCAGACAGAAUACUUAGUUCUUUUAUUACUCGCAGUGAUGGAGAAGGUAAAUCUCCAUUUGUUACUCCUGUCCAGAGUCCAGAGAAGGGCAUGGGUUUUUCUGAACCGACUGCUGUGAUGAAGUUUAUCGAUGUUCGAAAUAAAGAUUUACCUGGUAGUAGGCGCGCUAAAAUAACAGUUCACACUGCUUCUGAGAUUGAUGAUGUUUUUGGAGAAAUACGUCGUCUUCAAGGCGCAACCACUUUUAUGCAAGUAAAUGUGAAGCGGACCAAACCGAUUGGCAUCGAUCUUCCUAGAGGCAUUGGAACUUUGGGACCCAGACAGAAGAAACGAAAUGACUAUGUGAUAUUACGAGUGACUUUUUCGGAGGAGGAAAAUGCUAAAAUAACUGGCGGAAGAACACUUCGUUGUGUUCCCUCGAGACAAGCUGAAACUGCUGAAAUAAAGAUGACGAGAAGAAGUAGUGCUAAUAAAACGAUGUCACCUUCAUCAUCAAGUGAUGAUGCUUUGGUUAUGUAUGGUGCAAGAUGCGUUGCGUCAGUCACUACAGGAACAUCAGGAAAUGGAGUCAUUUACGGAGAUGGCAGUAUAAAUUUAGUACCAAGCGAUUGGUUGGGAUCAAAAAACGUCCUUGGUCGCGAUGGUUCAAAUGCAAAGCGAUUGUUAGAUUUGGGGAAGAAGAACCAUACUGGUCCGUUUGUAAAAAUAAUUGUUGCUUCGGAUGCUGGAGAAGAAUCAAGCUCUUCGGAAGAAGAUGAGGAAACUAGAAGCUGUUCUACUAGUCGCUCGGUAUCUGUUUGCUCUACACGCAGCAGGCCUCAUUCCGGCGGAACCCAGCCAGAAGUUAAUCCUCCGACUCCUUGUGAAGAUAGUUUUCAGUCCUUUUUGAAGGCACGGUUUAAGCGUGAGCUUUCACUGCAGUUUCCAAAAGAAAUAUGUUACCGAUUCAUAACGCGGUAUAGCGAUGAGCCCGAUACCUGUUUUCCCGAAUCGGUUUUCCGUCGUAUUUCUGAUAUGCCGCCCAAUUGGGCUUCAUGUGCUGAAACGAAAGAUUUGUCAGAAAAUAUAGUAAAUGGCUUCAAGACUCCCGUUAAAAAGUUCUCUUCUCCCUUGAGGGAAGCUGAAGCAGUUUCACCGCUUAAGGAACUCAAGCGAUACAAUGGCGUAUUUUGUUCUCCAACUCAACCAGUUCCACGAGAGACUUCCAAAUCUUUGAAACCAUCUGCUAAAAUUAUUAAUGGAUACAAAGGAAAAUCACGUCAGCACCCGUCACGUUUAGAUGCUAUGGCAGUUGGUUUUCCACUUGAUGAACUACUAUCAGAUGAUUCAGUACAGGAGUACUCUUUGGUGGAAACCAUCGACAACUGCGGUGCUAUGGGAAGCUUUGAGAAGUUUUUCAUGCCGAGUCCAAAAAAAGCAGUAUAUCGAGAAGACGUAACUUCUUCCUCAUCUGAUAAGUCGAACGCAACACAGGUUGAUAGCAGUGGUGUUGUUACUCGCUGCAUAGCACCUCCGAACAAGUGUUUUUUCUGUCUUGGAACGUUCCCCGAUAUGUUUGCCCUGCUUCUGCAUAUGCGGACCAGUUAUCCUCGAUUAGACAUUGUUUACAGGGGUGAUUCAAGAAAAACAGCAGCUAUUAAUCGAGCCGCUCCAGUGUGCAUUGAUGUAUUUCUUAGGGAAGACUUUGACGGUAGCUACGAAGGCUCUGUUUCUCGGCAGUAUCGUAAUUUUCGGGACCCCAACGUAUCUCAGCGAUGUGUCCCUAAUGAUCGCUUGACGUGUUUAGUGUUAAAAGACGAAGCGAGAGCAUUGCGUAAGACGAGAAGAGAUUUAAGUAUUUUCUUUACAAAAGGUGAUCGGGAAAAGCGAGCUAUGAAAGGCAUAAAUUCUGCUUACUUUGGUUUUCGAAGUCGUCAUCCUUUAAUGGAUUCUUCAAGGUUGACCACGAAACAGACAGACCAAGAGUGGCUUCGGAUGUAUAUUAUAAGACAAAUUGAGGACUUUUUGGACCUUUCACGUCUGGAAAAGGAUUUUUUAAUUUUGUGGAACAUAUUCCUGCUUGAUUUGGAUCAUAAACCGUUUGGUAGAUGCCAUCUGUACAGAACAUGCCGGCUUUUUUUGCAAAAGCACCGUCAAGAUAUUAUUGCAAAAAAUUUGACAACAGCAUGGACGCUUCAUCUCGCUGCGUUUCAUGAGAGAGAAGCGUUAGAUCCUGACGAGGUUUAUGACUUGAUAAUGCGUUUAAAGGACAAGGAUUAUGAUCCUGAAAAAGACGUCUGUCACAUUGUUUAUAGUACGCGACAACGGCAGAAAGCAACAAUGAGUUCACGUAAGGAACCUCGGUGGUUGAAAGCUCCACCAAUUGCGGGUCCAAAAGUUUUUUCAUUGAGGAGCUCCUCAGCUGCUAAACUGUCUGCGGCCGACACGAAUUCAGAUAACGAAGACCUCUUCAAAAAAAUACGUGAAAGUAAAGAAAGAGAAGAAAGAAGUAGUAGCUACGCAGGCGAAGAACGCCCGAAGACACCAUUGAGGAUCUUAAUAGUUCUUGUUCUUGUUUUUAUUAGUGCUGUGCUUCACGCCUCAAAAAGUCCCUUGUUAGGAAUUUCUGACUUUAUUUGCACGGCGAAACAUUUUAAAACUGCUGAAGUUCAUUGGGAAAUCGCUUGCAAUAAAGCUGGCGAUCUUGAGAAAUAG